AUGAAAGAGCUUAACCAUGACAACGAAUCUCCCGCGAGUAGAUUUGUUAUUACCUCUGUGAGGACUAAAUUGAGCAAUGCAAGAAGUUUGACGGAUCCACCGGCAACGGAAAGAAGUCUUAUCUUCAGUUGUGAAGAAAAUGUUGAUGAGAAUAGUCCUGCUCGAGAUCCUAAUGAAUAUCUCAAGGAAUUGACCGCUCAUGCUCUGAAUGGAAUGACAUCGUCAGAUUUCCGUGACAGGAUGUUAUCUUCUCUUCGCACAUAUAAAGCUAUGUCGACAUUGGAUGCUGGAACGCGACCAGUUUUUCAACCGUAUUUACGUCGAAAUCUUUUGUAUCAAAUGGCAUUCGCAGAUCGAGCUGUUCCCUCUUUUACGUUUGGUGAAGAUGAACCACCAUUAGUAUGGCCUUCGAAGCCUAUCCGAUCACCUGUGCGGAGAACUCCUCGAGAAAGGAAGGAACGUCUUUGCGAUUUGGUGGAAGCGCUAUUGUCUAGAAAUUCUAUUGAGGGAAAUAUCCGCGAGUUUGAGGACAUCCGAAAUUUCCACUUUUCCAUUGGAACUUUGGCCGCGUUCGAGAGGACCAAGGACAGGCGUGUUCUUUACCGAAAUCGAGCAUACAGGGUAUUUCUCAAAGCUAAUGGGAUAUUUCAUCCGCACUUUAUAGAGGAAUCCGUUGAGAAGUCGCUUGAUAAUGGUUGUAUCGGUUCUCCGGCUCAAUCAGCAUGUAUUUCCCAGGACUCGGCAACUUUGUCCUUCAGAAUGGUGUGUCAUCAUCUUUUGGAAGGUGAACGAUUAGCCAAAGUUCAAGUUUACACAGUACGUCAGAGAGGAGAUGUUUUUGAACAGCCAGAGAGACUCCCAUCGGCUACAUUCACCGUUAAUGUAAAUGUCCCAAUGUCCCCGGUUUCGAUCGACGUACCCACAAUUCCCAGUGAUCCACAGCUUCGGGUGUAUAUUGUGGUUCGAGUGGACGUCACUAACAAUUUGAAAGGGAUUCGCGUUGAUGGUCAUGCUCUUCGGCAUCUACCCAGUCGGAUAAUGCGUUCGGAUACCGCCAACCAAGAUCAUCCUGUUAUUUUUGAGCAUACGCUUCUGGGAACAAAGGCAAUUUACAGAAACAAAGCUCCUUGGAAUGGUGAUGGAGGGUUUAUAGUAGGCGAGAACAACGUUGUACUAAUUGAACAGGAGAAACUGACCAACGAUAUUUCUUCUCCAAUGAUUGUAUCCGAACUGGAAUACUGGAGUAAACGUCUUCAUACGAAUCCAUUUCUUCAAAUGAGGGUUAUUUGCGGUCCCAUAUACGAAGAUGAUUCUGAUUGCAGCUUUUCUGAGCAAAGUUCAAGGUCAUCAGAUGGAGUUGAAGGGGACGAUGAACUCUCGGCUUCUUCUGCAUUUCGCCCAUUGAAAAGCAUGGGAAGAACCCAUCUGGCAAUCGUGCAAAACUGGCUACGAUUGGAAAUCCCUCCUUUGAUAACAUAUCGUAUCUCAUCGGGUAUGGUUCCUCGUGAAGACAGUGAUAAGGCAACCAAUCUCUUCGGAAUCGAGCCCACAUCAAGGGUUUCGAACUAUGAAAAUUUGACAGAGGUUCAAAAAAUGGGUUGGUUGACGGUGAUGGAUCAGUAUGAGACAGAAAAAUGUAUAAUUUGUGGGAGGUCCUUUCACAACAUGUACACUCUCAUGCUACAUUACCAUUUAUCUUAUCCUCGUCUGACAUUCCAGCUCAACUUUCGUAUAGAUCCUCAGGAUGAAAACUGGCAUCGGCUUCACAUCGAUGUUUUCCUAAAUCCUAAUUUCGAUGAUGUAAAUGAAAUUAUCACUGAUGGAAGAGGUGAAUGGAUCCGUAUAGGUGAUCCGAUGUACAUAUGGACCCGAGAUCAAGCGAAAGAGCUCAAAUCGAAGCUUCGCAUGGACCUUACCAUAUUUUGUGAUUCACUGAAGCCUGUAGAACAUGUCCUGGAUGAUCCCGUCGAAGAAUGCCGCUUCAUCCAUCCAGAAUCAGGUCGAUGGCUUUACCGCAGUGAGCGGUUACCUCGCUAUGCCCGCCAUCUUCCUGCUCCAGGCCACGAAGUGCUUAUUCAUAACACCACAAGACGUCUGCUUGAUUUUGUCGAUCUUUCUGAUGGUAGCAAAUGGUUUAUGAUUUCAUGGAACACCAUGCUAAUUACAAUGGGCAAAGCACGAUGUGAUGAAGCUGGUCCAUACUGGUUAAAUCGGCUAUUCUUAGAGCUCCAUAUGGAUACCUUAGUACGUUUUAAGCAACGAAGCCAUUUUAUUUACCAGUUGAAUACACAAACCCAAAGAGGUCGCCCAAUAAGCGACUUGGAAGAUCUCGUGCUCCGAUUAUACCAUGCCAGACGUGACUACGAUCCUUUACUGGAUGACCUUCAUCCCUUAAGGGAUUGGAUCUUUUCCGAGCUCAAACGAGGAUACGAACGCUAUCGCUCUGAUCUGGAUAAGCCACACAAGGAUUCAUCUGGUACACGCCGUUCCUUUCCCAAAAUGUACCGUACGGAUCCAGAAACGGUAUCCAGUGAACAGCUACACAGAUUAUUCAUGGAAGUACUUGAGGCUGGUGUAGUGGUGCCAUUCAAUCAUCCAUUCCGAAAGUAUCUACUGAAUGUUGUUGAUGUCUUGUUCGAAGGCAAAAUGCCUCCAUGUAUCGCCCGCCUACGCGAUCAAGACGAUUUUCUGAGAUGUCUGAUUCGAUAG